GUCAGGUACUCCGUAGUCGACGAAUUGGAAAAGUUUCUCCCGCCGGCUUCUCAACGAAUUGACAGCUGCACCCAUCCACCACAUCAUCCUCCACGGUCUCGAUCCCGCUUUCACUUGUCCAAUUGACAUUCCCGGUUGUGUAUUUCUAGUUGUACUUGGUAUUCCGAACCAGCCAAAUCGGGCAAGCAGCGACCUCGGUCCGGUCCCCAGGCAGCUUGGAAGCUCUGCCCGCCCUAGCCCAGCCUCUGGCCUGGUACCUAGGCGAGCCUGUUUGUGCCUACCCACCAACCUAGGGGGUAGGUACCCAGGGCGGGUUACGUGGUUCCCUACCUGGCAGCCUGGGUACGGUGGGUGUACAGGUACUGUACGUGAUGUGAGAUGUACACGAGAUCCGUCAUGGCCGCCCCGCUCUGCAUGCCCCGCGUUAUUACUUCCAGCUUCCGAGCUGCUGCUGCCCCUCGAUUUUCUCCCUCUUCUAUCCCCAGCUUCGUCAACAAGACUUCUCCUUCGAUCACUUCUCCCUUUCAUCAACGAUCAGCCACUUUCAACUCUGCCCGCUUCUUCUCAUCAACAUCACCCAUCAUGUCUAAGGUCUACUUCGAGCUCGAGUGGGAGGGUCCCGUCCUUGACGGCAGCAACAAGCCCACCAAGGAGGUCAAGGCCCAGUCCGGUGUGAUUAACUUCAACCUCUACGACGACGUCGUCCCCAAGACCACCAAGAACUUCAAGGAGCUCUGCACCCACGCUCAGGGCUUCGGCUACCGUGGCUCUGCCUUCCACCGUGUCAUCCCUGAGUUCAUGCUCCAGGGUGGCGACUUCACCCGUGGCAACGGCACUGGUGGCAAGUCCAUCUACGGCGAGAAGUUCGCCGAUGAGAACUUCCAGAUCAAGCACACCCGCCCUGGUCUGCUGUCCAUGGCCAACGCCGGCCCCAACACCAACGGCUCCCAGUUCUUCAUCACCACCGUCGUGACCUCUUGGCUGGACGGCCGCCACGUCGUCUUCGGCGAGGUUGCCGACGAUGAGUCCUUCAAGGUCGUCAAGGCCAUCGAGGCUGCCGGUUCCGCCAGCGGUGCCAUCAAGUACGGCAAGAAGCCCACCAUCGUCCACGCUGACGAGGGUCACAAGACGUCGUAAGGAGGUUGAAUCGGCCAAAAUGCAGGUUUCGGAACCAAUUGCCACUGCGGUCAAUCUGGAGGUGCUUCGAUGAGCAAAUGAACUGGACGAUAGGUCUCUGAACGUUGGAAGACAAGCUUCAUGCUGUCUGGGCGUAGGCAAUCUAAAAUAAAAGGGAUCUGCUCUUCUACCCAAAAGUUGUCCGCUCGUUGUGCCCAUUCAAUAAUGAAUCAGUGAUCGCAUGGUGUUGAUUUGACGUGAUGUUUGCAUCGAAUGCCCUGAGCUGGUUGCCCUCUAGCGAUAGAUGCCGAGAUUGUUUCAACAACUGCCAUCGAUGCAUGGUAAUGAUCUCGUUGUGUCUUUGUUACACUGAGUAGCAGUCAAUGGCAGUUGCUGGUAAUGAUACAGUAAUAAUUCAACAGCCGAGAGCCUUCUAAGCCCUGUGUAUGGCUAUGGGAUAUCUCAAAUGAUCCUCUCUUUUGUUCCCUGUCUGUCGCCCUGAACGCCAUCCCGUCCACCACCCAAAUGCAGGACCAGCAAAUGCAAAAAAAACGCUUCUCACCGUCUGUCGCUCGGUACUUUGCUUUCGCAACGCCUCGUUUACUGAUUGCUCUGGUCGUCCCUUUUUUUAGGAGCCCGAGAGUGUCUGGUACUGCCUGACACAACCUCGACAAGCCUGGGCUCAGUCGCCCAGCCACCUCUGGAAGUAGACGCAGUUCCCCGGGUUCACAGGCCCGCCCUCCUCGCACAGGUCGAACACGGGGCACCUGCCGCACGGCGCCUCGGCGAGCCCAUUGCUCAUGGGGCCCGCGCCCAUGUCCUGCGCCUGCAGGUCGAGGACGUCCUCGUCCAUGUUGUGGUCGCGCAUCAGGGCCGUCAGCGGCGUGGGGUCCACCUUCGCGGCGCGGACAGUCCGGAAGCCCCUCACCUUGCCGACGCGCACCGGCUCGACCAGCCCGUCGGCCACGAGCACGUCCACCAGCUGCUGCACGUCCGCGAUGCCCAGCGUCGUGUCGUUGGUGAUGCCACUGGCCGAGAUGAGCUCCGCGAUCUGGCGCACCGUCGGGUACGCGUUGUAGCCCGCUGGCAGGGGCAGCAGCUGCGUGCGCUUCGGCUCGCGGUGCCGGUGCUUCUCGCGCGGGGCGGGCGCUGGGUCCUCGCCUGAGAUGUCCUCUGCCGCCCUCUUCUUGCCCUUUGCUGCGGCAGCCUCCUUGUCGCCUUUCAGCACGCCCUUUUUUGGUUGUUUCUCCUUGUGCACGCUGUGGACGCUCCGGUAUGUGCUCUGCCUAGUGAUGAAAUCGAAGAUCACCUUGAGAAGUUCUGAGAUGAAGGCCUCGUCCAGGUUGCUGUCCGUGUACCAUGGGCCUCCAGUGGCCUUCUCCGACGGCCGCAGGCUGGACUUUAUGUACAUUUUCUUGUUGGGGUGUUCCACGCUCUUCAUGUCCUUGAUAUAGCCCUUGGACUCGAGGAACUUGAGGUGUGCCUUAAGCACGGAGUCGUGCAUCUGGAGCCUCGCCUUGAGGGUGCGCGACCAGAUCCCGUCGGCGCCCGCAUCGUCGAUCAUUUCGUACACCAUGGACUGUUCCCUAUUGAGUGCCCGGUAUUUUGCGGCGUCGGCGGCCGGCCUCCACUUCCACAGGUAGCCGCCGCCCUGGCGCGCCACCGAGAUGAGGAGGCGGUCAUUGAUGAGCGCCUGGAGGACUCGGAGGAGCGUGUUUGCAUCGUCGGUCACGCCUAGGGAGAGGAGGUCUUCUUGGCUGAAGAGCCGGGUCUCGUCGCCGUUGAGCUGACAUGAUUCGUACAGGGCGUCCUUCAGGACGCUGAGUUUGGCUGGGUCCGCGUCCGACCCGGAUGGGGAGACAGCAGCCAUGGUCAGGGCUCGUCAGGUGGUAUUACAGCCUCUAGAUAGGGCAAAGCGGCGAGGGUCGAGGUAAAUCUUGAGGUCGAAGUUGAGGUUUGGGUGCGGAAAGUGAGUCACGCGCCGCACGAGCUAGGAGAGGCAGGGAGUUCAAAGUGCAGGAUCCGUCCGUUAUUUAAUAAAAUGCCCGUGCGACCACUUAUAGGUGAUAGGAAGGUCUAGGGUCAGCUUUGAUGUCAAUGCUCGGUUGUAAGGUGGGAGUCGUCGCCGAACAUCCAAAUUAC